UGGAGAGGUAGACUACUAGACAAUACACGUUGUUCCUCAUUUAUUGGGGGUGACGUCCUCAUUCGUGACUGUGAAAAUCGUGGUUCUAAAAGCGCGCAACUCACUGUCCACUUCUGUUCCCGAGUGGACUGGCGUGUGGAUUGGCGUGUGAAAUGAGUUGUAGCCCAUUAUGUGUUCCUGAAAGGUGCGACAGACAGUAGGCCUACAGAAACCUUAUUACGAACAAUUUGUCCAGGCGUGUACCACGCGCCCAUGGCUCCAGACAAUGCAAUUUUCGCAUUACUUUUAAGAAAUAUAUUUUUAUGACAUUCUAAGCAACUAUAACACAGAACUGUUACAAGGGCGCUGGCAGAUUUUCUCACGCGCUAUUGAGCAGAUUUAUGGUCUUAGUGUGUAUUGAGAAGAACAAAAGCUAUGAAAUUUCCACUGGAAAACCCUACAAAACAAGUACAAUUGGACCCGGAUCAACAAGUGGGGGUCCAGACCAACUUGGCCCCUCCCAAGAAGGUCCAAUCAGGGAUGAUCCAGUCUAGCCUUGUCCAGGCCAGUGUGGCGGCCAUGCAGAACCCCAUGGGCUGUAAUUCAAAGGGGGCCAACGGCCACUGCCCCUUACCCCGGCUCUCCGUCUCCUCCCGCUCCGCCAGCGUGGUGGCCAGCAUGGACACAACCGGCGACCUCUCGGCCCUCCACUCUGUGAUGAAGUGGAAGACGGUGGUGGUGGUUUUUGUGGUGGUUGUAGCCUUCUUGGUGGGGGGCGGCCUGGCCUUCCGCGCCCUGGAGCAGCCCUUCGAGAGCAACCAGAAGGACAGCAUCACCCUAGAAAAAACUUUGUUCCUGCGGAGGCACCCAUGUGUCACGCCUCCUGAGCUGGAAGCACUGAUCAAGCAUGCCAUAGAUGCUGUCAGUGCAGGAGUCAGUCCGAUCGGAGACACAUCUUACAACUCCAGUCACUGGGACCUGGGAAGUGCCUUCUUCUUUGCUGGGACCGUGAUUACAACGAUAGGUUACGGGAACAUAGCUCCCAGUACGGAGGGAGGGAAGAUCUUCUGCAUCCUGUACGCCUUAUUUGGCAUCCCACUGUUUGGGUUCCUCCUGGCUGGCAUUGGAGACCAGCUGGGGACCAUAUUUGUCAAGAGCGUCUUGAGGGUGGAGAAGAUAUACAGGCAAAAACAGAAAGAAAUAAGCCAGACCAAAAUCAGAGUUACCUCCACCAUACUCUUCAUCCUGGCCGGGUGCAUAGUCUUCGUCGGUGUCCCAGCGGUGAUUUUCAAACAUUUCGAGGGAUGGACGACUCUGGAUGCUAUCUACUUUGUUGUCAUCACGCUAACAACGAUUGGCAUCGGGGACUAUGUGGCAGGUGGGGAUCGGAAGAUCAAGUACAUGAAGUGGUACAAGCCCCUGGUCUGGUUCUGGAUCCUGGUGGGUUUGGCCUACUUCGCUGCGGUCCUGAGCAUGAUCGGAGACUGGCUCAGAGUGCUUUCUAAAAAGACCAAAGAGGAGGUGGGGGAGUUCAAGGUCCAUGCUGCUGAGUGGAAGGCCAAUGUGCAGAAUGAGUUCCGGGAGACGCGUCGGCGGCUGAGUGUGGAGAUCCACGACAAGUUGCAGCGGGCCACCACCAUCCGCAGCAUGGAGCGCAGGCAGCUGGGCCUGGAGCAGAGGACCCACUCGCUGGACAUGUUCUCCCCACAGAAGAGGGCCUUGUUUGUCAGCCUGGACCAGGGCUGCUUCAAGACCUCCUCCCAGGAGAGCAUUGACACCAAGCUGAAUAACUUGAGGUUGCGAGGGGCAGGGGAGCUUUGUUAUGAGCAGCGGAGAGGCAGCGAGCAGACCCAGCAGGCCUCAUCAGAGGACGAUAAGCUCUUCAACCUCCGCUUCCGCUCCCUCACCAAGCUAACCAAGAGACCCAAGAGACGUGACCUGAAGAGUAACAUUCCUGAUGAUGUGCGGAGGGCCUGCGAGGCAAUGGAGAAGAGGGAGGAGGACAUGGAGGAGGUGAAGGAGGAGGAAAGGGGCGAGAGGAAGAAAGGCAACACCAGCUUGACAAAUUUAGAAUACGCAGACGAGCGCAUUAAUAAACUGAACGGUUUUGUACUGGCUCAGGCCAAAGAGAGGGAGAACGCUAGAAUGUUGGAAGGAAGAGAGCUUGAGUCCCAGCUAGAGUGUGCAGAUACCGAGACUGAGUGAGAGAGAAGAAAACUUUUUUAAUGUCUCAAAAUGUGCCUUGCUGUUGUUUCUAUGCUUAGAUUGUUUUGAGUAAAUGGGACUGUUCUGUUCAAAAUCAGUCACUGUGCCCUAGCAAUGUAAAGACUAAUGUUGCCUAAAAGUGGAGAGAAAAGAGACCGAGGCUAGGGUCUAAUUUGGUGAAGACCUAUUUUCUCUUGGAUAGUACUGGACCUACCAGAAUCUCCUUUCCUUUUUAAAGAACACCCACUUGCUACCCAGCCCCACCCCACCCCCCAACAAUAUCCAACAAAAAAGACGCAACGUGGGAUAUAUCUUCUCCUUGUUAACUGAAGGUUAGCAAGUAACCCAGUAAACUAGUGUUUCACCAUCCCAAUGAAAUUUGCACCAACUAUAUAAAUCUUUACUUAUUAUUAUUAAUUUCACACCAGAUAUCUUUAGCCCAGGCUGCUGAACAAAUAUGACUUGAGGGGGAAUUGGAUCGAUAUACAAUGUGUGCAUUUACUGAAAUGAUGUGUACAAUUAUUGAUACAUUGGUUAUGAAAUGUAGCCCUAGGAUAAUCUACUAAUCUUUUAUAACAAAACCCUCUGAUUGUGUAUGCUUUUGACACUAAUUUGGUGUUCUAAAGCUGUCAAUAUAAAGUAUAGAAACUUUAAAGUUCAGGGCCAGCUGUCCUGUUGUAAUUUCAAACAAAUGAAAUGUACUGCAUUAACAUUUAGUACUGUUGAAGUGGAACAUCUAGAAAAUGAAGGGGUUUUUAAGGGCUGGGGUUUAAAAACAAUUCAAUAAAAAAAAAAUACUUAUGAGGUUUUGAUGGCCAUUGAACCCAAUUCAUUUCUGUAUAUCAUAAGAAUGAUUUAUUAGUAUGACAUUUUGUUACUUUGUUCUUUGCUUGAAGAUUAUUUGAUUAUGAAUUAUUUUACACAGCAUAGUAUGUGUGUACUGUAGUUUCCUGCAGUUUAAUGUUUUCUUUCACAGUAAAUGGAAUAUGAUUUUUCUUGUCCACACCAUGUGCUGUGCACUGUAUGUGUUGGUGUUUUCCCCUCACACAGUCAGACGAUGCAUUGCAUUCACCCAGACCAGGGAAGGAACUUACCCUAUGGCUGUAUUCACUUCGCAGAUCAAUGUUUUUGGUCUUCUGCUAUGUCUUUGUCUCAUUGAUGUACUUCCUGAGGUGUUACUCAAUGAAAUGUUUGUCAAUUUGUUCCAAUUUGCUAUUUAUAUGUUUUGUUCAUUUUUAUUUUGCCCUAUUACGGACUGGAGGUGUAGUAAUCAGAAACACUUUUUGAAUGGUGGCUAUACAAACUUUACUCUGUCAAAUACAAUUACAGAAUGUUUUCUGGUAUUAAUGAGGUAGCCUCCCCGCUGAGAUUCGGAUUAAAGCAGAUUGUUCUAAUUCAUGAUGUAACAAAUUAUUAUUGGAUUUUUAGUAUUUGGAACAUUGAAUUCUGUCUUUGGUCCCUGUGGUCUUCUGCAUAGUCAAAGAAGGAGAUGUUGCUGUAGGGACUUAGGCUCACUCGUCAUAUCAAAACCACAACCAACAGUACUGGAUAGAUUGCAAAGCAUGUAGUUCUGAUAAUGAAUAACUACUGUUUGUAACCUCUAAAAAAAUGGCUUACCAUGACAAUGACCUUUCUAUGAACCCGAGUGGAUUGUCUUUGCUCAGUCUUUUUUGUUGUUCACAAUCUAUUUGUGCAAACAUUGCAUCAAAUGUAGUGAGUGCCUUUCUGGGAAUAAAUAUCACUAAAGAAAAUUAAGCUACUUUUGUGAAAUAGUUUCUUAUCAAGUGUAUUGCCUGUGACUUCAUUCCCACGUGUCCCUUAAAGUCCACAACCACCAUUAUUUCCAAACCUGUGAUUAACAUAAUUGGAUUUCUGAUUAAGGAAAUUAUGAGAUUUGACUUCCAGAACAGUUUCACUUAGCUAGCUUUGCUUUCCGGUCACAUUGUUGACCUUGGGUGAA